GGUGUCUACACCUCCUCAAUGACCUACGAUAUAUCUAUGUUUCGACUGCUACUUGAUAAUAUGUUAUAUUUCGUACCUCUUUCAUGCGCCCAAUCGCGCGACAUGAUCGUUUAAUCUCACCGCGCCAAUAUAACCUCCGCCUAAUGUGGCGUGGACACAACUACGGCUGCCUCUGGCAGUUAUGUCUAAGCACUUUCGACUCUAUUCCCAGUGACCACAGAUCCUGAUACCUAUUAUGCCGUUCUUUAGGUCGCUCAUAAUCGCAUUCUUCUCCGUCAUUGUAUGUUACUUCAUCCUCGUCCCACCUCGUCGCCCUACAUGGCUUCCCCUCCCCAUGAGCAAGCGAAAUAAGCAAACGCCCGCAUCCACAAGAUGCCUCGCUCUUGGUAUCUCCCUGACGGCAAGCUAUGGCACCAUUUCGAUACGGCAUGAGGAUGGCUCGUUUGAAGACAUUGGAUGCGAGCAUGGAGAUCAGAACUAUCUGGACAUGAUGCAGCGAUUCUCUCGACUCUCGUCUUCACACCCGGCGCCACCCUACUUCCGCAUGGAGGAUCAAUGGGACGACCAACCACGACAAGGGUUUCGUUCUGCCCGAAAAUUGAUUUUCCUUCCCGCAUCUUCAGACGUCCGCACGCUCUCCACUCUCACCUCCUCACUCAUCUCCCUUGCCAAGUCUCACGCCUCUUCAUCCUCAAUAGCUUCAGUCGUCAUAAGUUACCCAGCGCUCCCCGGUCUCUAUGCGGAAGACAUAUCCGACACCGCUCUCUACUGUAAUCUCCCCCUGCUUUAUGGUAACCACAGAUACCCACCCCGAACCAUCGUUUCCACAUACACUGGGAAUCGCAUGGGGUUGUGCUCCUCCUAUACCGAUGAAAAGCAAUGCAGACAGGAAGGCUUGGCCCUUCCCGUACGCUCAGUUAUUCUCGUGGAGUACACAUCCGCUGCUGUCCUCCUUCACACAAUGUCCAUGCGCGAAGCUAACGACCUUGCGGAUCCGGACACCGACUUAUCGAUACAUUACUUUUCUCUCGGGGACGAUCAAAAUUCAGAGAACGUGGGUAGGCAUACGAGGAGGAAGAGCACCCGAGAGGCGGUUAUAGAAUUACUUCGCAGGCGGUACAAGCGCCUUCCCGAGCCACCAUGGCCUCCAAAAGUGAUCACCGUGCUUCUAAUUGGUAGUCCUCGUGAUAUUGACAUAGAUGGGAUAUACGAACUUGUUAAUGGAGCCGUCGAGGAAGCUGGAUUUGAGGUUGAGGUAUUUGCCACGAAUCCUAGGUUUGUCGCAGCUAGAGGAGCUGCUGAACUAGCAUGGCGAGCUCUAUCGUUAACCAAACAGACGAACAUGGAGCUUUGAAACGCUUCGCGGAGAUGUGUAUUGAAUUGAAGCAUCCCAUCAAUAUAUACCGGAGUGGCCUGCUCGAAGUCAUACUGAGCGCAUAGUCAACAUCAGUUUCCUAUAGACAAUGCUAUACCCGCCUAUCCGCUCGAACUUUGGUGCCAACCCACAAUCUCUCACUAGAAAAGUCAUGGAAUAUCUGUUAGCGAAUUACGCGUGCAAGUGUCGAGAGGGGCGCUUAAGUAGAUUACUGGCUUU